AUGUCACCUGCUGUAAUUGUUAAACAACCUGCUUCUGCAGCUACUACCAUCUGGGAUCCUAGAGACCAUAUCCCGGAAGAAGUAAAUGGAUUGCUCAAUCAAAAACAUCCAAAUUACCUGCUUGCAUUCAUGAAUGUUGUUCAUCAAUUAAAGAUCCAAAAGAGAACCGGCUGGUUAGAUUAUGGGAUGACUGAAUGUGAAAGUAUCGCCGAUCAUAUGUAUCGUAUGAGUAUUUUAUCAAUGCUGAUCACUAACCCAAAGGUCAAUAGGGACAAAUGUGUAAGGAUUGCGUUAGUUCAUGAUAUGGCCGAGGCUCUAGUUGGUGAUAUUACACCUGUGGACCCAAUCGGUAAGGAUGAGAAACAUAGACGUGAAUUAGAAACUAUGAAGUAUGUAUGUAAAGAGAUAGUGGAACCAAUGAGUUCGGAAAGUGCUAGGGAGAUUCUUGAAGAUUUUAUUAGUUACGAUACAAUUGGAUCAUUAGAGGCUCGUUAUGUUAAAGAUAUUGACAAAUAUGAACUAUUAGUACAAUGUUUUGAAUAUGAAAAGAUACAUAAAGGAAAAUUAAAUUUUCAAGAAUUUUUCAUCGCCAGAGAAUGGAUUCAAACUGAAGAAGUAAGUAAAUGGGCAGAUGAUUUAAUUCUUUUACGUAAUCAAUUUUUUGAUUCUUUACCAAAAAUAUAG